UGCACCUAGGUUGGUUAGCAGGUAGCAGUUAGACUAGUUAGACAGUAUAUCUUCGCGAGGCCAUCUGGCAUCUCCGGUCAUAGAUGCACAUAAUUGCGAGUUGCUGCCCAUCUGAACGUGACAGCCUCUGAGAUACUUUUUCAGGUUCUGCGUACGUCAUAUAAAACCAUCACCAGUUAAAACAUCUAGCAGACCGCAGUGAACAUGCCUUUUGGAAAUCAGGAUUCCGGAGUGACUGGCGCGGCCAAAUUCGUCACAUCGACCCUCGGCAACGCGGUCGGCGGCGUCUCUCGCACUGUUGGCGGGGUGACAGGCGCCGCGGGGCGAGGUAUCGGCGAUACCAUCACCGGCGCCACGGGGAGCGCAGGGAAGCCUGUUGGCGAUGCACUAGGGAGUGUGGGCAGCGGCGUGGAAGAUGGAGCUAGGAAGGUUGCCAAGGGAAUUGAAGAUGCUGGACAGUGGAAGUGAGAGAUUUGGGGGGGCACGCGGGGCGAAAAAUGGACGAUGGGAAUAAGAGUAAACAAUGAUGAUGUCGAUCGGUAGGCGGUGUGCUAGUUCUUCCUGCAGUUUCAUGAUUCUUGCUGUUGCUCGCGAUUGGUUCAACAAUUAUCUAUUAGGUUGCUUUUCUUUAAUGCGAUUGAUGAUUAUCUAGUA